AUGGACGAUUCGGACAACCGUCUAUUCCGGUUUACCAAGUGGUUUAACAAUGCCAACACUCGUACAUCUGGCAUAUAUGCCUCCGGUGCAUUAUUCUCCAUCGGCCUCUUCUUCCUUAUCGACGCAGCUUCGUUCUCCCACAGUGCAAGAAAUGGCUCAGAGGUCCAUGUUAAAUUCGUGGACUGGAUCCCUGGUAUCUGCUCCGCCUUAGGGAUGCUAGUCAUCAACUCGAUUGAAAAGUCACGCCUGAGUGCGGAUAGCUUCAGCUAUUCUGGAGAUAGCGUUGCCUGGAAGGCAAGAUUUGUUCUUUUCUUGGGCUUCGCGCUGUUGGCUGGUGGUCUGGCGGGGAGUGUGACGGUUCUGGUACUGAAAUAUGUCAUCCAUGGGUACCCGCUUCAGACGCUUUACUUUGGUAUUGCGAACGUUAUUGCUAAUGCAUUGGUGAUGAUGAGUUCCGCUGUUCUAUGGAUUGCGCAAAACAUGGAAGAUGACUAUACCUACACUCUUGCUCUAUAA